AUGGCUGCUUGGAAUUCAGUUCCACUCCAUGUCUCCUAUGAAGUUUUUGGUUGGUUUGCUUUUGCUUCUUGGUCCAUCAGUUUCUACCCUCAAGUCAUCUUGAAUUUCCGCAGAAAAAGUGUGGUGGGACUCAACUUUGAUUUCGUGUUGCUGAAUUUGACGAAACACUCCUCCUAUCUCAUAUACAAUGCAUCUCUGUACUUCAGCUCUACUGUUCACAAGCAGUACAGAGACAAAUAUGGUCAGAAAGAGAUGAUACCAGUGGCAGCAAAUGAUGUUGCUUUCUCAAUCCAUGCUGUUCUGUUGACAGCAAUUUCCUUGUUCCAGAUUGCAAUCUAUGAUCGGGGAAGUCAGAAAAUCUCUAAAAUCGCAUAUGGAAUUCUCCUUGUUACAUGGACCACUGCUGCAGUGUGUUUCUUUGUAGCAUUGCACAAUCAUCACUGGCUCUGGCUAAUCUCAAUCUUCUCUGGCAUUCAAGUUUGUAUGACGAUUAUAAAAUAUAUUCCCCAGGCAGUGAUGAACUUCAUGAGAAAAAGUACAGAAGGCUGGAGCAUUGUUAACAUUCUACUGGACUUUUCUGGCUCCAUAGCUAACUAUGCACAAAUGUCUAUGCAAUCAAUAGAUCAACAUUCUUGGGUGAACUUCUAUGGAAAUAUAGGGAAACUACUGCUAUCCUUGGUGUCUGUAUUCUUUGACAUCAUCUUCAUGUGCCAACAUUAUCUGCUAUAUCCAGUAAAGAAACGCAAAUUAGAGGCAUCCCCUGCACAUGAUAAUGCCAAGUCCUCGGAUACAUUGUUUGAAAGUGUCUAA